AUGAAGAGAUGCUGUUCAGUGGCUUUGGUUCUGCUACUUGUAGCUUUCUUUAGCAGCAAGUACAGCGUGGAGGGACGUUCUCUGUUGAGGAUGACACAUUCUAGUCAAGCUGUGAAUGAUUUGCAGAUAGGUAAGGAGAUGAAGGAAGAAAAGCCGCUUAAAGGAGAAAAUGAAAGCUUUCGGAGAAUCCCAAGGAGUGGCUCAAACCCUAUACAGAACAAGUGUAAUCCACCGAUAUUUGUUGAAGGUAGUAGAAAACAGAAGGUCACAACAGCAAGAAAACCUUAA